CUCGCACUGCAGUUUGUCCAUUUCCAUCCAUUCAUCCACCGACCUCAGCCGGCCGAGCCUCUGUUUCCGCCCAUCGUCAAUUUCUCCUCUCGAUCGCCGCUCCUUUCUGCUUUGCUCUGCUCUCCUCGAGCUCGACUUGGACCUGAGCAUCGUCGUCUUCCCCUCGACUUCGUUCUCGCCCUCGACACCGCUUCCGAAACACCCCAUCCCGCUCUCCGUCUCGCUCCUCGCGCGUCCGUCGUUCGAUCACAAUGAAUUCUCAAGGCCCCAGCGAUGUGUCGCCCGAGGCCAUGCAGUCGCGCAUCCAGCAGGCCCGUCGCGAAGCUGAGACUCUGAAGGACCGAAUCAAGAGGAAGAAGGAUGACCUCGCCGACACAACCCUUCGCGCUGUCGCGCAACAGGCCCACGAGCCUAUCCCCAAGAACCAGCUGAUGAAGGCCAAGCGGACGCUCAAGGGUCAUCUGGCCAAGAUUUAUGCUAUGCACUGGUCUACCGACCGGAGACACCUCGUCUCUGCCUCUCAGGACGGCAAGCUCAUUAUCUGGGAUGCUUACACGACCAACAAGGUCCACGCUAUCCCCCUCCGUUCAUCUUGGGUCAUGACCUGCGCCUACGCCCCCAGCGGCAACUUUGUUGCUUGCGGUGGUCUCGACAAUAUCUGCUCUAUCUACAACCUUAAUCAGCAACGCGAUGGCCCCACGCGUGUCGCUCGCGAGCUCUCUGGCCACGCCGGCUACCUGUCCUGCUGCCGCUUUAUCAACGACCGCAGCAUCCUCACCUCGUCAGGUGAUAUGACUUGUAUGAAGUGGGAUAUUGAGACUGGCCAGAAGGUGACCGAGUUUGCCGACCAUCUCGGCGACGUCAUGAGCAUCAGCCUCAACCCGACCAACCAGAACACCUUCAUUUCCGGUGCUUGCGACGCCUUCGCCAAGCUCUGGGAUAUCCGCGCCGGCAAGGCCGUCCAGACCUUUGCUGGCCACGAGUCCGAUAUCAACGCCAUCCAGUUCUUCCCUGACGGCCACUCGUUUGUGACCGGAUCCGACGAUGCCACUUGCCGUCUCUUUGAUAUUCGCGCUGAUCGUGAACUCAACCUCUACGGGUCUGAGUCCAUUCUCUGUGGCAUCACCUCGGUAGCCACAUCCGUCUCUGGACGAUUGCUCUUUGCUGGAUAUGAUGACUUCGAGUGCAAGGUGUGGGAUAUUACUCGGGGUGAGAAGGUUGGAUCUCUCGUCGGCCACGAGAACCGAGUCAGCUGCUUGGGCGUGAGCAACGACGGCACAAGCUUGUGCACAGGCUCAUGGGAUUCUCUGCUUAAAAUCUGGGCCUACUAAACGCUGUUUGCGACCACGAUGGACCUUUUGUCUGGAUUACAAAUGCCAGUACGCGCCGCGGCCUCUAUACCAUCUGCGUUCAAACGAUUAUAUCACCCACCGAUUUCGAACAGGACCAACGACGCCCAUCACAGUCGCGACUAUUGGCGUACGCAGGACGACGUGACGAACCGCACCUAUCUCUCACACAUACCCUCUACAGACGACUUUCCCCGGCCGGACGCACGCGAGAAUUCGAAUGUGGACUGUUUUCCCGUGGUGGACUUGGGAAAGAAGAUACACUGGCUGAUGCGAUACCUCCAUUUCUUUUAUUUUUCGUCGUUGUUUUCCUCAUCGUUUCUUGUCUCCCUCCGCACUGCAAAAUUCUCUGCACCAUAGUUUCCCCUUUUCUGACACAACUUGGGUUGUUAGUAAUGGGUGGUUGUAUUACUGGAUGGGUUUCCUCUGUGUUCUUCAGUUACCCCCUGUAUGCGCCUCGAGUCUCCGCGGCACGCACUUCUCGGUUCCGACCGUUUUUCUACUACAAAGCGAUAAUUCAACGAGCCGGGGUCAGCUGCGGGAGGAGGAGUUGACGGCUAUACCGAGAAAAAAUUUCAGACCUCGAGAUAAUACACCAUGAUGUUUCAAAAGCUAUCCCACACUUGCCGCCUGCCCAUCGUUCUCGGUCGCUGGCGUAUAUCACGAAUUCUGAAACCACUCGGAGGCUCUCUGGACGGACUCGGCUGGAUGGACGUGUUUGCCGGCGGAGUUGUUGCGAUUGGAAGGAGAGUAGCCAUGAGCUCAGCUCAGGUGAGUAACGACUUUAUCGGGAACUCGACUCUUGAGGCGGCUCAUCUGGCUUGAGGAAUGUCCCUUGGAGGACCAGUUGAUUCUCCGGACAUGGUGUUUUCGAUGAAUGGUUUCUAUGCUGUCAUGGUUGUCUCGGAUCCCCACAUUGCACUGUUUCUUGAUUUAGUUAUUACAUUGUACGGAUGGUCCCAUCUGGACUGAGAUCCCUCAUCGACGAUUGAGGGAUAAGGAUAUGGUUGCGUCAUGACUCGGGAGGCUAUCAUGCGUUGAUUUUGAAAUGUUGCAGCGGUCAUGGAGAGAUUCGCAGGGAGAUGGGAGGAUAGAGGAGAUAGAUAUUUAAUGGUCCCCUUUUUG